UGAACAUACAUACCAUGGCUGUCUUCCUGGGAAGGCAACAGCUUCCUCGGCUAUUAUCAACUCUACAAAACAUCCGGAAUGCAAAUCAUAUUCGGGGUGAAAUAAUUUCCAAACUCCAAUCAGUGAUAACUGACUAUGACUUUAUAGUGGACCGCUGGCCAGAUUACAGAGCCCUGGUAGUGCGUGUCAAUCCUGCUACAGCCAAGUACCGAAACCACCUGAUUUUGGAAACCGUUGUCCAUGCCACAGACUGUGAAGCUCUGGAGACCCUGCUUCAACUGCCUGAAGUCAUAGACUGGUCAGCAAGAAUUGGGUUUGUAGGAAAAUAUCCUGACGAGAUGUCAUCGGUUCUCAGUGUCAUGCAGAAGCACCACAGGCCAUAUCACUUGGAUAAGUUCUUUGACAUGAAAGUCACGGAAAAGACGCUGAAGUUCUGGCCUAUUCCAAACGGAUUCAAGAUAGGAAGUCUUACUCCGGAGCAAGCCCAUCUAGUCAACUCUAUGUGGUCUUACAAUGGAGGGACACACUCUGAGCUAUACAUAAAGGAACUCAUCAGGAAACUACCUUCGUGUUGCCUGUACAGCAGGGAAGGCUCCCUGGUUGGGUACGCCCUGACAAACCAUUACGGGUAUCUAGGUGUCUUACAUAUUCUGGAGGCACACCGAGGGAAGGGAUAUGCCAAGAUGAUCAUGUCCCACUUGGCCGGUUUGCGUCUACAGAAGAUGGCAGAGAUCCCCUGCAACCUUGGCCACCAGUUCAUUGGAAAAACCCUCAGACCCCUCAACACCAGACUUAAAGAACAUCGGACCUCUGUUAACAAACUCGACCUGACAUCCACCAUUUGCGAACACAUCCUGAAGAACCAAAACCAUAACGUCAUGUGGGAAGCCACCAAAGUCCUGUCUACCAACAAAAAAUGGCGACAAUGA